GACGUGACAAGAUGGCGGCGGCGUUAGCGAUACGGGGGCUCCGGGGGGGUCGAAUCCCGCCGCCCCCCCACCCCACCGGGCCGCUCCGUGGGGCCGCUUCGGGGGCGCUGCAGCGUUUGGGGGAGUGGUUCUACGAAGUGGAGGUGGUGUUGGGGUGGGCGGAGCGGCUGCGGCGGCGGCGGCUGCGAAGGAAGAACGCGCACUACAGCUUCAUCCAGAGCCUGCAUGGCCACAACGUGGCGGCCGCCUGCUUCGCCAUGUCAUGCGGCGGGAGGGUGAGAUUUGAAGGCCAGCAGCGCUGGCUCUGUGCAGACUCCCGCGGGCGUUGGAGCCCCGAAGUGCUGCAGUUCCACCACGUCCCCGUGGUGGCCGUGGACCUCAGCGGCUCUCAGCUCACCUACGACGGUUUGGACAACUUCGUGCUGCUGACGAAGCUGCAGCACCUGGACCUGAGCGGGUGCCCCCACGUGGACGAUUGGGCGCUGGGGCGGCUGCACGUCUUUGGGGACAGCCUGCAGGAGCUGUCGGUGGCGCGGUGUCCCCGGGUCACAGAGAGGGGAUUGGCCACGCUGCAUCAGCUGCCGAAGCUGCGGUGCCUGGACGUUGGGGGGCUGGCGGUGCAGAGCCCGGGGCUGCUGCGCAUUCUGCUGGAGGAGAUGCUGCCACAGUGCCGGGUGUUGGGCAUGGAGAUGGAGGAGGGGGACCCCCCAGAGGCCCCCCCGGAGCUGGGACAGCCCCCCCCCCUCUGUGACAGCGCUGUGAUUGGAGGGAGGGUGGUCCCGAAGUGGCAUUAAAUGCACUGUGGUCGCUCUGCUCUGUC